GUGAGAGAUGCACUAUUUUCUCCAAAGCAACGUGGAGGGGGCUUUGUCAGAUUUGAAGAAAAACAAAUAUUGAAGAAGAAAGAGAAUUGUCGAGACGGAUCUUGGAGGACCACUGAGAAGUAAAUUGGAUUUGUCGAGCAUGUUGCCUUGAAAUAGCCCACACAGUAUUCUGCUGGGUCCAUGGCUCGUGCGCUGCGCUGAAUGUGCUUGACAACUUCUCUGUAGGUUUUUAAAAUAUUAUUUUAGCAUCUUCAUUUUUUGCUUCUUUGUAUUUAAAAUGAUGGGUCAAGCACAGAGUGGUGCAGAUAAGGAAGUGACUCUUCAAAACAUCCAGGAAUUAUACCGUAAGUUUGCAAGUGAAUGUCCAAGUGGAAAUCUGCACUUGCAUGAAUUCAAGAAGAUCUUUGGAAUCAACAGAAACUCUACGGAAGAAGAAGCUGCAUAUGUGGAAAUUGUUUUUCAGUCAUUUGACACAAACAAGGACGGUAAAAUAGACUUCUUGGAAUAUGUGGCGGCGCUGCAUCUUGUUCUUCGUGGAAAACUCGAGGACAAACUGAAGUGGUCCUUUAAAGUUUAUGACAGAGAUGGAAAUGGCUGUCUGGAUAGACAGGAAGUGAAACACAUUGUCAAAAUCAUCUACAAAAUAAAGAAGCAUAAAGAUCCGAGCAUCACAGGGAGCAUCGAAGAUAUUUGUGACAGAAUAUUUGAACUGGUGGACAAGAAUAAUGACAGUCAGAUUUCUUUGGAGGAAUUUAUUGAGGGGGCUGAGAAGGACCCCUGGGUGUUGGAGCAGCUCCAGCUGGACAUCGGGCCUGGUGAUUGGUUCAUUGAACAGCAGGACAAGAAUCCCUGAUUUCAUAAUAUACAGUGUUUAUUUUCAUGACAGAUGAUUGGACACUGGGUGACAGUAUCGUGCUGCAUUGCGUUUUUGACCUAUCUGAGCCUGAGACUGAGGAUAAUCUCCGGUUGUGGGACCUGCCAACAGGUGACUGCUUG